GUCUCGGCUCUCAGCGCCCAGCUGCCCGUCAGAGGGCCUGGGGUGCCCUGAGGACGAGAUGGAGGACACAAAAGAGCAGCUUCUUUCGUGGGGACUUGGACGGAGCUUCGGGGACACGAUUCCCACCCGGCUCAGCUCCCGCCCCGGCCUUGCUGAUCUCGAAGAGGCUGAGCCCCGCACGACUGGACCCCACGAAGAGUCUGGGGAACAGGAGGAAGGAAGGGAGGGGAGGCCGCAGGUGGAGGGCAUGGCGCAGGCGGAUGGGACCCUCCAAGCUGGGGCUGCCCUUGGCCAGCCUCGCGUGGCCAAGCUGGUCCUCCUGGGAAGUGGCUCCGUGGGCAAGUCCAGCCUGGCCCUCCGCUACGUGAAGAAUGACUUCAAGAGCGUCCUGCCCACCGUGGGAUGUGCCUUCUUCACCAAGGUGGUGGACCUGGGUACGGCCGCCCUCAAGCUGGAGAUCUGGGACACAGCGGGCCAGGAGAAGUACCACAGCGUGUGCCACCUGUACUUCCGGGGCGCCAACGCUGCGCUGCUGGUGUAUGACAUCGCCAGGAAGGAUUCCUUCCAUCAGGCCCAGCAGUGGCUGCAGGACCUGGAGCGGGAGUUCCGGCCCGGGGAGGUGGUGGUGAUGCUGGUCGGCAACAAGGCGGACCUGGACCAGGAGCGGGAGGUCUCCUUCCAGGAGGGGAAGGACUUUGCGGAGCGAAAGAGCCUGCUGUUCAUGGAGGCCUCGGCCAAGCUGGACCAGCAGGUGACCGAGGUCUUCAGCGGCGUGGCCCGAGAGCUGCUGCGGAGAGAAGAGAGGACGGAGGGCCGGACAUCCCCGGGGGACGCACCACUGGCUCUGAGAGGGGGACCAGCGGGGCAGGCCAAGUGCUGUGCCCACUAGAAGCAGCCCCAGGAAGGGCGUGGGGCAUCCCCGGACAUGGCCUGGCCGGGCCUGGCGAGGGGGGCUGCUGUGAUUCUCCUUCCACGUUUCCUGCUCCUGAAUCUGGAGGACCCCGAGCCGGCAGCCUUCGCCAUGGCCACAUCCGGCCCCCUGGUGUCGCCCGCUCCGGACACCCAGACACCACAGCCUCCCUGGGCUGCCCCCAUCAGCAGCUGCCAGAUGCGGGUGAAGCGGGCAGCGGGCAGCAGGGACCGAAGCACCUUACGACUGGGGGCGGCCGAGCCCACCUGCCCUGGGGGAGGCGCAGCGCCAGGAAGAAACCGGGGCCCUCCCCGGCCGGCCUGCCCAGUCUGGUGUUGGGAGUGGCUGCCGGUUGGGCACUGCCCAUCGCGCCCGGCUGUGGUCUGCAGGCUGUAGGCCGUGCCCAGGUGUGGGCCGAGCCACGGGGAGCUCUUCUCCGGGAUUAGACUGCUCCCGACAGCCCAGUCUUCAGUGCGUUUGCGAGCCAGGGGCGGUCGGCGCAUAUGCUGGGCCGGGCCUCGGCCAGGACCUCCCUGGGGGCUGCCGCCCGGGCUGUGUCCACCAAAGACCUCGCUCCCUGGGUGCCGCUCCCUCUCUGGUUGGUGGCCUCUGCGUGUCCCCUCGCCCCAGCUGGGGCCUGCCGGGCCCCUGCUCUCACAGUUCUGGGGCAGCCAGGGAGCUCCCUGAAGCGGCCUGGGCCCUGAGAACCAGCUCUGCCCUGUCCCGGGGCAUUUCCUUGCUCGGUCAACCUGCUGACGGCGCCCAGAGGCAUCUUCUAACCCAGCGUGUUAGCAAACUAAAAGGAAAAAGAAGGAACCGAAGCCCACAAGAAAGUGAGCUGCGAGAAAAUAAUUGUUGCUCACGCCCCCUGGGCUGGGGCCGGGGCUCCCUGGACACGCCUCCCUGCAGCCAGCAGACCCCUCAGGGAGCCAGGCUGAGCGGCUGCCCCGGCCACAGCCCCGCAGGCUCUGAGAGGCUGAAACAAACCAUCACAGACACUCCUCACCUGGGCUCUGCCGGAUCCGGUGCCUGAGCAGGGAUGCAGCUUUGGGGUCCGGUGAGCAACGGCAGGGUGCCCCCGCCUGUGCUCCGGUGACAUGGCUGCAGGGACAGAGCCAGCUACGGGCCGCAGGGGAGAGAGGUAGCAGGGAUCCC